GAGCCACAACCUCUUGAAGUAGACUUGCAGCUUCUCAGUGAACACUUUUAUUAGCAUUUGCCUGUAUUCUGUGAGAAAUAGAAGAAAUACAAACAAAUCGCCCAGAUUUUCAAAAUGUUCACCAAAAGGCAAAGUGAUUUCAACAGCGACUCUGAUACAGAUAACGAAGCCAAGGAUCCUUCCAUCAAGAAAAGAAAGUCUGAAGGGGGUUUGGAUAACUCAAGGGGUUCUAACCUCGAAAUCCCGUUAUCAGUAAAAGCAGUCAUCAGUAAGAUUGAGCAAGCAAAGCUCCUUCGGGCCAAAGAGGAUAUUCUUACACGGCUGAUUCAAAUAAUGAACAAAGUGGAGCUGAUAAUGACUCGUUACACGAUCGACAGCUCAUCCCCUGGGAGGAAGGGCUCCCUCACAGAAAACCAGAAAAAGAAGAGAAAGAUUUUCUUAGAGAAGAUAGCUGAAUAUAUUAAUAUGAUUGAUAUGAGAGAAAGGAUCCUCAUCAAACUGUUGUCCUGGCUAGAAGAAUGGAAUUUCAUUCUGUCUGAGGUGGCCGAGAUUGAUAUUGAGGAUUACCACCACUGGGCUGCAGAAAUGGAAAUCAUGCCGGAAACACUGAAAAACAUUGACGGCAAUGUCAACACUCUGUGUCAAAUCACUAUGUCGCUUUUUGAAGACAGGAAGAGACAAAAGAAAAAAUUAUUGACUCGCGGCACUCUCUGGAAAGCUUGGAAGGAACGUGUUGUAAAGCGACCAGCCACGGCCCAUGCUUUAAGACCAGAUCAGAUGAUCUGUGACCAAUUUGCAUUAAACACUAAAGUUUCAGAAAUUCAAGACAUGUUACAGGAACUCAUCAGCACAGGUAUGUUCAGCAAACUGGAAAACAACGCCAUCAAAUACAUCUCAGCAACAAUGCUGAAUCUCUCCAAAGCCUUGAGUACAGUCAAGGAGGAGCUGAAGCUCUUAAGCUCCCAAGUUACCAACCUGAUUGGGGAUAAAGAAGGGGGAGAAGAGGAAGAAGAAGAAGAAAAAGAAAUCCCAAAGAAGGCCUUCCAAGAGCUCUGUGAAGAAAAUGAAAUGCUUCAUCAGAGACUUAAAGAGAGUGAGGAAAAGAGCGAGCAACUUAUUCGAAUCAAAAAUUUUCUAGGACGUCAACUAUUGUUCCCAUCUGCAUCCUUGAGAACGUUAGUUGCAAAAGUACCUACAGGCAAAGAUAUGGAGCCAGAGGAGAUUGACAGUCUUUUAAACAAAGAGCUUGAAAAUAUUAUAGAUGAGUCCCAGAAGAAAGGGGUCAGAGUCCCUGCAAUAAAGUGGGACUCGACUAAGGCAUACGUAGCCCAAGGCGAAGCGGCUCCAGCUGAAGGUCAGGCUGAUUAUACCCAGAGAAAGCCAUACCUUCCGGUCCCACAGUCAGUCGAGUCCUUGGCUGGAAAUCUAGAGGAGGAAAGGGUACUCUUGGAUAUUGAGACUAGUGAAUUUGAUCUACAAGCACUGGACAUGAUACAAAAAGACGAGAAAUCCUUUUUAGAAGGCAAACUGAAGGGCCCAGAAGUCCAGAGUGGAACAGGUAGCAUGUGGGAUCGGCUCAAGAAGGUCAGAUCACAAUACACAGUUGGAAAAAGCCCAGUGCCAUCAGAGGAUAAAAUAGAACCCACUGUUAGGCCAAAGGAAAAAGAAGCCAAGACAGAAGUAGAACUGCCCAAGAUAAUCCAGCCGGAACCCCCCGAGCUGCACAAACCAGAAACCAAAGGGAAAAAGCCCGUGCCAGGGAAGACUGAAGACACGCCGAGCUCCACAAAAGUACGUGGUAAAUUAAAGCCCAGGACCCCUAAACAAAGGACAAUAAGCCCCGAAGGCUGGAGUAAUCUAGAACCAUUUCAAAGAGCCAUAUUGGCUUUCCUAAGAGAGAAAAUGAACAAUGUAGGAAAGGCUUUUGAUCCAAAGAGUAUACAGGAAGAGGUGGACGCGUUAGGAAGAGCAGAAGUUGAAAAAUUAAACACCGUAAAGUUAAAAAUGGAGGAAUACAUCCAAAAAGUGACUGAAACUGUGACUAAAACCUUGAGGACAUACAAAGAUGCAAGAAAGAAACAAUUUAUAGAGAUAGUCCUCAAACAAAAGUUAGUCCUUGCUACACCACAGCCGCUUCCUAAGCAGACAUCCAUGAGUUCCAAGGCUGAAAUCAGAAACGUUCUCUUAAGUGAGAUGACAGACCCCGUGAUUAGGAAACUUGUUCAAACACUCUUGGAUGAGCUAGAGGGAGAACAGGAGGGCACGGCAGUGGGCAGAAGGAUGGAGGAAAGGCAAGAGCAACAAAAGCAGGAAGAGGAGGCCUGGAAAGAAGAGCAAAGACUUCAAAGGGAGAGCGAGCAAAAGCAGAGAGGAGCUCAGGAGACCGACGAGGAGAAGCUGAAGGCCGUGAGAGAUGCAGAAGACAGCCAGCGGCUGAAAGGGGGCAAGUGGAAACAGCUAGCAAAGACUGAAUCCCAGGCUAAAGAGUUGUCAAAGAUGUUCACCCAGAGUGCAGUGGUGCUAACACCCAGGUGGAUGAAAGUCCUGAAACCCCUGACGAGUCAAGUGCAGUUAUUCCAAGCGGAUCCUGACGCGGUGGAGCACCCCGAGGAGAAGCAGCCCUCCUCUUCCAGGGCCCUCCUUGACUUUGCACGGCCCCUCCCAAGGCCUAUCCCUGAGUUGGCCCAGAUAGCUUCGGUUUCAAUGCCACAGGCUCCGAGUGGUCCUCCUAGUCAUGAACCCACGGAAAAAGCACAGAGCGCUCCUCCCACAGCAGGACAGGAACAAGAACUAGGGUCUCAGCUGACAGUUCCUGGCAUCCUGGAGCAGACAUCCACACCAGAGCAAAUACAAAUCCCACAAACAACUGCUGAACAAGUACAGAUAUCUGGGGUCACAGUUACCCAAAGAACAGUUCUACCCCUCCAGCAGAUCCAAGCAAAAGACAUUACCCUCACCUCUCCGGAGGUCCUGGAUCAGGGGAUCACUCUCACUCCUGAUCAGGCCCAGGCCCUGGGCAUCACUCUUACCCCUGAGCAAGCCAAGGCCCAGAGGAUUCACCUGACCCCUCAACAGGCCCAGACCUUAGGGAUCACCCUCACUCCUGAGCAGACCAAGGCCCAGAAGAUCAGCCUGACCCCUCAACAGGCCCAGACCCUAGGGAUCACCCUCACCCCUUGGCAGGCCCAGGGCCUGGGGCUCACUCUUACUCCUGAGCAGACAAAGGCACAGAGGGUCAGUCUGACCCCUCAACAGGCCCAGGUCCUGGGGGUCUCUCUCACCCCCCAGCAGGUCCAAGCACAAAGGAUUAAUCUCACCCCUGAACAGGCCCAGGCCCUGGGGCUAGCCCUCACUCCACAGCUGACCCAAGCGCAGGGACACCUUUUAGUCUCUCAGCUGGCGCAAGCACAACAGAUCACCAUCACCCCAGAGCAGGCCCAAGCCCUGGGAAUUGCUCUCACCCCUCAGCAGGUCAAGGUCCAGGGGAUCAGUCUGACCCCUCAGCAAGGCCUGGCUCUAGGGAUGACUCUCACCCUUGAGCAGGCCCAAACACAGGGAAUUAUUCUCACCCCUGAGCAGGCCCAGGCCCUGGGGCUAACUCUCACCCCUGAGCAGACUCAGAGGGUCAGUUUGACCACUGAGCAGGCCCAGGCCCUGGGGAUAACUCUCACCCCUGAGCAGGCCCAGGCUCUGGGAAUUACUCCCACUCCCAAACAAGGCCCAUCACAGGAGAUAAGCCUCAGUCCCAAGGAUGCCCAGGCUCUGGGGCUCACACUUACCCCUCAGCAGGCCCAGGCCCUAGGAAUCACUCUCUCUCCUGAGCAGGCCCAGGCUCUGAGGAUUGCUCCUACCUUCCAACAGGCUGAAGUUACUCUGACCCCUGAGCAGGUCCGGGCCCUGGAGAUUUCCCCCCCCACUGAGCAGACUCACACCUUGGGGAUCUCUCUCAGUCCACAGCAGGCCCAGGACCUGGGAAUCACUCUAACCCCUAGGCAAGCCAAGAUACAGAAGAUAUGUCUGACCCCUGAACAGGCCCAGGCCCUGGGAAUCACUUUCACCCCUGAGCAGGCCAGAGAACGGAGAAGCAGUCUCACCCCUGAGCAGGCCCGGGCCCUGGGGCUCACUCUCUCCCCUGUGCAGGCCAGGGCCCAGAGAAUCAGUCUGACCCCUGAGCAGGCUGAAGCCCUGGGGAUUACUCUUUCUCCUGAGCAGACUGAAGCCCUGGGCAUCAGUUUCACUUCUUCAAGGUUACAGAAACGGGGCACUCUUCCUCCAAAGAAAUUCCGGGGUUUGGAUGCUCCAUUAACCCCUAAACAGGCAGCAACAUUGAGGGGCCGUCCUACUACAGAGCAGAUUCAACCCCUAAAAAUUCCUAUUAUCCCGGAGUCUAUCCAGAGACCCAAACCAGCUGUGGCUUCUAAACAGACCCAGACAGUUGGAAUCCCACUAAACACUCAAUGGUCCCAGCAAUUUGGAGUUCCACUUCCACAGAGGCGGGGCAAGGCAUUGGGAAUCCCCCUCAUACCAGGGCAACCCCAAGCAUUUGAGCAAGUACAGGCGUUGCAACCUCCCCGUACACCCUGGCAGUCCCCGUUGCUGGGCCAACUUGGUCCAGGAGAGACACAAACACUAAUGUUCACCAUCACGCUUGACAGAGCCCAGGAUUUGGGUGUCAUUUUUACGCAGGAGCAAACUCAGGCAGCGGCUGUCACCCUUACCUCUGAGCAGGUGGCAGUAUUAGAAGAUGCGCUCACUGAAGAACUGGCCUGGAAAUGGGGGGGGUUCAUCAUGCCAGAAAAGGCUCAAGGGGCAGCAAAUAUCAUGACUCCUGAGCAAUUACAAGCACCAGGAAUCGCUGGGUAUCCGCCAGCAUUUCGUAUUCCUCUUACCUCAGAAAAGCCUGCUGCAUUGGUUCCUUCUCCCGACAGACUACUUCAACAAUUGCAGGAUUUUUCUCUAUCUAUUCCAUUGCAGAAAUUAAGGCAAACCCCACUUCCUCCUAGGACAGGCCUAGGACUGAACAUUCUUCCUGACUCUGAGAUGCUUGAAGAACCACACAUCUCUCCUACCUACAGACAGAUUCUAACAGACAGAGGGCAAGUCAGCCCCACACAGCUCCUAACACCAGAAGUCCCUCCUACCCGAAGGCAGCUCCCAAAACCUGAGACUCCUUCCACUCCACAGCUGCCCUUUGUUCCUUGGCAUUUCUUCAAAACUGGAGACAUUCAGCCACCUCUAAUACCAGAAAUCCCCUUCCCCUCCAGAAGGUUGACACCACCUCCCACAGCUGGAGUCCUCUCCACUUCUGGAGAGUUUCCUGGAGGCUCUGCUGUCUACAAGGACCUCCUACUAUCCAGAUUCUCCCCCUACCAGCCUCCAGCCAUCGGCGAACAAAUUCCCUACAUGCAAGGACAGCAAAUGGUCACUGCUGAGCUCUCAAUCCCUGGAGGGCCUCAGAGAAUUUCUCCCUCUUCAGUCCCUCAGAAAUGGUCAGGAGCUGUUCCCCCUCCAAAACCUUUCCCUACAGAGAAGAUCCGAAUAGCAAAGGUUCCUGGCACUUCGGAAGAAACUGGGGUACUCCAAGAUUCUUUCGACAUGAAACCACUUGGAAUGUUCCAGCCUUAUGUCACCGGUUCUGGGAUACCAGGAUCAAAGCUCCCGCACGAUGGUCUAGAGAAGCCUACUGUGUCACCAACGUCUCUCAACACUCAAGUCUCCCACACAUCACAGGCCUUACCUUCUGCAAGGGGCCAGAGACCACGGCUUCCCGCUAUAGACAAGCCCUGGAUACUAACCCCAGCUUCUGACACCAGGAAAGCCAAGACCAUGGGGUUCACUCUCCCUGCCCAGCUCCCUGAAGACAGAUACUUCGUUGAUGUGGAGGCUCAAAGGAAGAACCUGGUUAUAUUAAAUGAGGCUGCACAAACUUCUGGAUUCCCUCCCCAGUACCACACAAUUGCCAGGAAUCUCAUAAUAGAACUGCUUCAUAUGAAUACAGUUAGGCUGGGGUAUCUGUGCCGCAAGUAUGUUGCCUAUAGGCUGAUCCAGCUGGCCAGAAACAACAUAACCAAACGAUUAAAAGCCAUCCAAAAUACUGGGAAAGGGUAUGAGGCUCAGAACCUGUACAUCAUGCUGGACAGAAUUGAUCAAUACCAGAAGAGGGUGAUGCGGUUCUGGACAGACAAGCAGAAGGAACUAGAACGGAGGCGGAAGCAGUGCCUGUGGUCCAUGAUGCAGGUAUUCAGCCAGAUCGAAAAGGUGUUUAAACUAAAUCUUAGCCAGCCUGUGCCCUUGGUCUCUGGCUUUAAGCAGAUACCCGAUUUUACCAAAACUCAACGUCCAGUCUUAGAGUUAUUCACUGAAGACAACAAAAAGCCCGGCAUUUUCAAGACCUUUGGGUAUGUACAGACUCAGGUGGAGUCCAUCUGGAAUGCUGACCUGUCCACUUCAAGCUACCCGAUAAUGGAGAAGACAUCUUUGAAUACGCUCUGGACACAGCUGGGAGGGUACCCGGAUAUUCCCCGGCUGCUGCAGUUAGAUAUUCAAUGGACCUUCAGAAAAGCUCUUGCUUCCCUUCGGUCUCAGUGA